ACGUAUGUUUCACAGUAGGCAGCUUCUCUUCCAUCCGGGCCUUUGACGUGCAUUUCAGGCUGCCGAUGACGCUACGUGAGACGUGAGCGGUUGCGCGCACUGAAGCUGGAGGCGCGCACACGAGGCGCGAGCAGGAGAGGCAGCAAAAGAGGAGGAGGAGGAAUAAAAAAUUAAUACACAAUGGGAGCAUUUUUAGACAAGCCAAAGAUGGAGAAGCAUAAUGCUCAUGGGCAGGGUAAUGGACUGCGAUAUGGGCUUAGUAGUAUGCAAGGUUGGCGUGUUGAAAUGGAAGAUGCUCAUACUGCUGUUAUUGGGCUGCCAAAUGGACUUGAUGCAUGGUCAUUUUUUGCUGUUUAUGAUGGUCAUGCGGGAUCCCAGGUUGCCAAAUACUGCUGUGAGCAUUUGCUGGAUCACAUCACUAGCAACCAGGAUUUCAAAGGGACAGAUGGACAUCUGUCUGUGUGGAGUGUAAAAAAUGGAAUCAGAACAGGAUUUCUCCAGAUUGACGAACAUAUGAGGGUAAUCUCAGAGAAGAAACAUGGUGCUGACAGAAGUGGAUCAACGGCUGUUGGGGUUAUGACCUCCCCAAACCACAUUUACUUCAUCAACUGUGGAGACUCCAGAGGUUUACUUUGCAGGAGCAAGAAAGUGCAUUUCUUUACACAGGAUCAUAAACCAAGCAAUCCACUUGAAAAGGAGCGUAUACAAAACGCUGGGGGCUCUGUGAUGAUUCAGCGUGUAAAUGGGUCACUUGCUGUUUCAAGGGCUCUGGGUGACUUUGAUUACAAAUGUGUCCAUGGAAAAGGCCCUACAGAGCAGCUUGUUUCACCUGAGCCUGAAGUUUAUGAAAUUGAGCGUUCAGAAGAAGAUGACCAGUUUAUAAUUUUGGCAUGUGAUGGUAUUUGGGAUGUCAUGGGGAACGAAGAGCUAUGUGAUUUUGUGUGGUCAAGACUUGAAGUUACUGAUGACCUUGAAAGGGUGUGCAAUGAAAUAGUGGACACCUGCUUGUACAAGGGAAGCAGAGACAACAUGAGUGUCAUACUGAUCUGUUUUCCAAGUGCUCCAAAAGUAUUGCCUGAGGCAGUGAAAAGGGAGGCGGAACUGGACAAGUACCUGGAAGGCAGAGUAGAAGACAUCAUAAAGAAGCAGGGUGAAGAAGGGGUACCAGACUUAGUCCAUGUGAUGCGUACAUUAGCCUCUGAGAACAUCCCUAAUCUCCCACCUGGUGGAGAAUUGGCAAGCAAACGGAGUGUGAUUGAAGCUGUGUACAACAGAUUGAAUCCAUAUAGAAAUGAUGACACUGAUUCGGCAUCAACAGAUGAUAUGUGGUAAAUCUGUUCAUAUAGCUAUGGAGUUUACACUCAUCCUCUGAAUGAACAUACAACCCAACCUCAGUGAUCCUUCUUAGCGUCCAACCAUAACCUUGCCAUUUAAAGAAGGGAAUGUGAUGUGGGUGAGAGUGAUGAUGACACAGAUUAUUAUCAUCCCCAAAGUACAAGAACUAUCCCAAUAAUUCUUUGUUUUCAUAUUUAUCCCCAUCUCCUCCUCACAGGCUUUUGUAAAAUCUGUUUUUCUGUACACUUAAUUCAGACAAGAAUUCACCAUGUAAAUCAGACUCCAGCAAUUUUUUUGUUGUAUGAUUUUUGUUUUUGUAAAGUGCAAUUGUCCUUGUAUAAAGUGGUCGUAUUUAAUUAUGGACUGCAAAUUGCUCUAAAGGUUACAGGAAGUCUGGCUUGUUUGUGGCGCCACCACUUAUCUAACCCUAUACAUAUAUGUGAUGGUUUUAGAUGGAAAAGGAAGCAGCAACAUAACCAGCUGGAUUCCCAUGAUCUUGUUCAUAAUAUAGUAACAUAGUGAAUAUUACUCGCCUGCCAUUCUAUCAUAAUGAAUGUUCAAACCUUCUGCGGUUCAAUUCAGUGCUAAAAGGGGCCCUUAGCCAAUCACAUUGAGUUAAAUGCCUCUGCUGCCUUAGAGCUUACACACAUUCUUGUGGUUCUGAUAAGCAAGUAAGAGUGCUACGGUCAUUUAAGAACAAAGUGUACCCAUGAAUAAGGUGACACACUCUAUUUACUAAUCAUUUGUGUGCGGGGAGAGGGAGGGGGCUGUUUUCAUUUUUUAAACUACACUGACUGGGUCUGUUAGCUGGAUCUGUUGCUGCUACAGAGUUUUCAAUUACAUUUUAUCAAUAAAGCUUGAUUUGACUAAUAAAUAUGUUCACAAAAAAGUAAUUUCUCAUUUCUGUCCUUUGAGACCAUGCCAUUAGGAAUGGGGGGUAUCCAUUAACCUAGAUUUGCUGUUUUCAGCUGUAUCCAGUGCCUGCUGCAAAGCUGACAGUCUAACUCUAUGGCUAAUGUGUGUAUUUCUCCUGACCACUUUCUUCUUUUAAAUAAUGAGAUUUGCUGAAGAUUUGUUCAUUUAUUCAUUCGUUUAGAAUUGUAGUAUGUUACAGAAAACCUUUUUAAUUUCUGGCUCUUUGGAAUUAAAUAUAAAAGUCUGCAUAUGGAAAGUGACAACCUUGCCAUGUUUUCCCCAUCCUUUUCUUUUAUUAUUUUUAUUGUCUUCACUGUAAAGGUGCAGUGAAUUCAGUCAUGUUUGUCCCCUUGUUUAUUUCAGUAUGUGUGGCCCCUAUGAAGCUUUGCAAGUUCUCUUUUGCUUUGUGUCCCAGGAUCUGAUAACACACGUAUAGAUGUGCAAGUCUGACCCAGUCAGUCUGAGCUGUGUACACUGAACAUAAUUGACAUGGCUUACAAGUGUGUUUUAUUCAGGUUGCUUCCUCAUCUUCCAAAACAUUCAAAAGGGAAGAUAAAUGAUUCCACCUCUCCCUAAGGGGCGCUUAAGCAUUUCCCUGUGACACCCAGAGUCUGUCACUUCUUUUAUCUGCACUCCCAUUAAUAAUGGCAUUUAAACAGGAAGCCUGCCACAGGUUUUCUGCUCACCACUGUUUGUUAUAGGGAUCAUUCUGUAUCAUUUGUAUGUCCUCCCAACCCCAAGUGAGGAAAUACUCAAGUCCAGCAACUCACACUUAAUGUCAAUUCUGAGCAGUGCUAGAAGGUAACUAUAUUUCUGUUGCAGGUUCCCAGUACAUUAAAUAGAAAGCUUUCUGGACCACUGUAUGAAAGAUUAUUUGUAUGAAUUUUUCACAAAUUUAAAUUAUGAUUAAAAAACAAAGUUGGGCUUAAAUAAAAGGAGGAAAUUUGUGGUUUUCAUUCUGUUUGUUUUGUGAAAAUAUCUUGGAAAUUGACAAUUCUUUUUUAAAUGCAGAACUGGUAAUAAACCUUAUAUUGCAUUGUCUGAUCAAACGCUUCGUAUGUUACAUGGAUAGACGUGAGUGUGGCUUCUCUACUGCCAUUCAUAUAAAGAUUA